GUCACGGGGCGGAGCGGGCCGGGCGGUUCCUGCAGCCAUGGGGUCGCAGCUCAGCGUGCUGCGUCAGGUUGUGACGUACCCAAUAUGGCUCAUCUACACCACCAUCAUGAGGAUCUUCAGGAAUCCCCAUCCUGCCAUCACCCUGAAGGAUCCUGAAGUGAAGUAUGCACUGAGGCUGAUUGAUAAGGAGGAAGUCAGUCACGACACGAGAAGAUUCCGGUUUGCUCUCCCUUCCAUGGAGCACGUGCUGGGUCUGCCUCUAGGGCAGCACAUCUACCUGUCUGCACGCAUCGACGGGGCGCUGGUUGUCAGACCGUACACCCCUGUCUCCAGUGACGAUGACAAGGGCUUCGUGGACCUCGUUGUCAAGGUCUACUUCAGAGGUGUCCACCCAAAGUUUCCUGAUGGGGGGAAGAUGUCUCAGUACUUGGACAGCCUGAAAAUAGGGGACACCAUUGACUUCAGAGGACCAAGUGGCCUCCUUGUCUACAAAGGAAAAGGCAAGUUUGAUAUUCGGCCAGAAAAGAAAGCUGAGCCUGUCCCUAAGACAGUGAAAUACGUGGGGAUGAUUGCAGGUGGGACUGGGAUAACCCCGAUGCUGCAGAUCAUCAAAGCGAUCAUGAAGGACAAAGAUGACCCCACCGUCUGUCAGCUGCUGUUUGCUAAUCAGACUGAGAAGGACAUCCUGCUGCGUUCCGAGCUGGAGGAGAUCCAGGCCCAGAAUCCCGGGCGCUUUAAGUGCUGGUACACGCUGGACAGGGCACCUGAAAAUUGGGAAUACAGCCAAGGAUUUGUGAACCAAGAGAUGAUCAGAGACCACCUGCCCCCACCUCAGAACGACGUUCUGAUCCUCAUGUGUGGCCCCCCUCCCAUGAUCCAGUAUGCCUGCAUUCCCAACCUGGACAAACUGGGCUACUCCAAGGACAUGAGGUUCUCCUUCUAAAGAUGACUGGUAAUUCAGGAUCUUAUGGAGAAAGGAAGGAAAAAAAAAAAACCAAGCAAACAUUUAACAGGGAACAGGACAAAGUUAAGAGGGGCUGAUGCACAGUGCUGGGAAGCUACAUUUACCUUAAAAAUGCUUCAUAUUUUCUGACUCUCUGGCAAGUGAGACACACAAGCUCAGCUGUACUAAAGCUGUGCCUGCACAGGCAGUGGUGCUCUGUGUGCUCCAUCUGCAGGGAGCACAGUGCAGCUGCUCAGGGCAGCACACACACUCCUUUAUGCUUUCUCUCAGCCCUGUAAUCAGGCAGCAGUAAUAUCCUACUUCCUAACACUGUGCACACCCAGGGUUUUAUUUGGUAUGAACCAUGGAAGUAACAGAAUGUGGUGGAAUAUUCACGCUGCUUGUGCCAAAUUGUCAUCCUCCAGGAGCUUUUGUAGGGUCUGAGGGCCAGGAGUGUUUGCCUUGUGUCCAUGAUCUUUGCAGCAUCAGUUUAAAGAUGCCAAUCGACCAUUUAUGGCUGAAGCUGUCCAAGCUGCCUUGUUAACCAAGACAGAGAGGCAGGCAGUGGUACAAAAUGGGUUUCCUUUGUAUUUUGGAACAGCCUCUCUUAAAUGCAAACACUUUCCCAGUUCUCAUCCCUGGGCACUGAAAUAAAAAUACAGAAGGCACAGGUGGCUUUGGGCACUGCUCCACGAAUCCCUGGAAUUUGUUUGCUUUUAGAUGUGUGGAAUACUGAAAAAAAAAAAUACUAAUUUUGUAUUUACUGUUAAAUACUGGGCGAUGGCACAGGGGUACAGAAGGAGUUGUUCUGUGUGUGAGAAAGAUGCAGGUGAACACUGAGUGGGAUUUUUUUUGUUGUUCAUUGUUUCCCAGAGAUGGAUUUGGCCUGAGGGGAGCUCAGGUUUCCUGGCCAGGGUGGAUUUUGGCAGGCAGCCCAGCUCUGGGUGUGGAAUGUGGCCCGUUGCCUGCACGUCUCGCUCAGGCAAAGCUCCCGAGGGUUUCUGCUUGGUAAGGAUGCCCAGGAACAGCCUUAAGUUAAGUCACCAAACUGACAGCAAACUCAAAUGUCUCACUCAAUCUAAAGCUGUUUCUUGGGAGCUGUUUGCUAUAGCUCCAGCUUUUAUUUUUUAAUACACUUUUUUUACAGAAAAAAAAACAAAAAAAAGAGGACAAUUUAAGGCACUUUGUGUGCUGGACCUUCUGCUCCUGAACAGCAGAGAUGCUGCUGAGGCUAGAGCUGCCCUGCAGGCAGUCUAGGAAACUCAAAAUCUUGUUGCUGGUGAUGACAUCAGAAUGACUGAAAGGGUGUUUAGUCAUGUCUGAAGUACUGUGGGGUGCUGGGUAGCUACAAGUGUCAGUGUAUAAUACCAAUUUUUAAAGAUUCAGUAGGAAUUCAAGGUUAGAGCUCACUUUUGUGUUUUCUUUUGUGCCUGUACAACAGAUGGGUACUGUGUAUUUUAAAGGUUCAUUUUUCAGCAAGCAUCAAAAGGAGAAGAUACAGUUAAUUUAAGGAACCUCAACUAGAUAAUGCUGUUACUAGUUUUAUUAAUUCAGUGUUUGCCUCAAGUCUUCAAUUUUUGACGUGUGCUUCUGAAACUUGUUCUUUAAUACAAUGCUCCAAAGUUGAAAUACUACUCAAGUUUUAAGCUUCAGUCCCUUUUCUGGAAGGCAGAAAGCAGAACUAUGAGAGAAGUUGCUGGUUUGUAUCAUGGUAGGGUAUGCAUACAUUUUUUUUUUUUUCUUCAUGUUUUCUUAUUAAAAGAACCAAACCAGAACCCUCGAGCUGAUGAUGCACCAACUAUUUUGUAUUACUUACUCUGUUCCUUCAAUUACUGGCUUUUUUUUUCAUGUCUAUGUAAGAAAUAAAGCAUCUUGCAGGUGAAUCACCUGUGUGUGAGCACAUCAUCUUCAACCUUGUAAGAGGCAAGUGUAAACCACUCUAAACUGAAGGUUCAAAA